GCCACUGUAGAUGUCAGCUGCUGGUAUACAGGUUCCUUCGCAAAUAAUCAGUGUCUGAAAGGAAACUGCAAUAGAAAUCUUGACUUGGCUCUGGGGAGGGGCAACCUUUUACAUGUAUCGACAUAUCAUUUAUGUCUAGAGGAAUCUUGACCAAAUAGUAGUAAGAAUAAAGUACCUAUUUGUAAAAUGAGCCCACAAUCUGUCACCAGGAUGGACACCUGUGGUCCAAGGGGCAUCAUCCAUGCAGAACUGAGUGAUAGUAAAACAACCAUUAGUGAAGAAAUAGACUGUUCAAAGCGACUUCAUCCAAAACAAGUUGAAUCACUCCGAGAAUUAAACCUUGAAGAGAUUGAAUUAUCAGUAUUACAGUGGAUAGCUGAUACAUCACAGUUAUCUGAAAUGGCUGAUAACACAAAGCUAUCAAUAGUUGAUAACAUAAAACCAUCGAAAAUAGCUGAUACCUUGAAACUAUCAAAUACAGAAGAUAUUGUGCAACCAUCAACAUCACCUGAUGCAACACAACAUUCACAAAUAGCUGACACAGAACAAUCCCCAAAUAUAGUGGAUAUUAUGCAACCAUGCAUUAGUUCGCUCAAUGGAGAAGAAUGUGUACAAGAUCAUAGCACAUUUGAAUUGAAUUUAAAAACUGAUCAAGUCCAAUGCAAAAGCAACUUCUCAAACCACAGUACUAAGUGCCCUACAAUAUCGACAUUGCUUCAAACAUCGGUACCUAUUCAUGCUUUUUCUAGUCAACAAUCUGAUACCAUUACCAAUGGAACAAUUACAUCGAAUACUGAAAUACCUCAAUUUUGUCUACCUCAGAUCAAAAACAAUGGCAAUAUGGAUUGUGAUGUUGAUGUGCAAAAGGAUGAACAGGCUUCAAACGAUGAUUCUUGUACAACAAUUACUAAGCAAAUUCAGGUUUAUUCCAAGGAACUAUUACUCACACAUAUCCGUAGAAAAAACUGUAAAAAAUUCUCAAUCCAGUUAUAUGAUAUUUGUAAACAUUCAAAAGAUAAACCAACCAUACGUCAACAGAGAGCCGAAAGAUCAAAGCAUAAGACACAAAUAGACUCCAAGUGUAAAAUGCUUGUACGAACCCAUUAUGACUAUAAGGAAAUAACAGAAAAUGUAUAUGUUGAUGUUAAGCCUGCACCUUGUGAUGUUUACCCUCCAUGUAACUGUCAAUACCCUGCUGCUGUCCAAUUACAAAAGGCUUGUAAUGACGAGUGUUUGAAUCGUAUGAUGUAUGCGGAAUGUUCCCCAGAGACGUGUCCAUGCGCUAACAGCUGUGGAAACCAGAGUAUACAGAGACAUAAAUGGGUUAAGGGUUUAGAGAAAUACAACACAGAAAAUAGAGGAUAUGGUGUGCGCACAACUGUCAAAAUAAAUGCUGACCAGUUCAUACUGGAAUAUGUGGGGGAAGUGGUCAGUGGAAAAGAAUUCCGUAGACGUAUGAUAGAAAAGUAUUCCCAGGACAACCAUCACUACUGUUUGAACCUAGGUAGUGGCAUUGUGAUUGAUGGCUAUCGUCGAGGUAACAUAGGACGCUUUGUUAAUCACUCUUGUGACCCAAACUGUGAAAUGCAAAAAUGGAAUGUGAAUGGUGUAUACAGGAUUGGACUGUUUGCAUUGAAAGAUAUAGAGCCUGGGACUGAAUUGACCUAUGACUACAACUUUGAUGCUUUCAACCUGGAUAGCCAGCAAGUCUGCAGAUGUGAAAGUGAGAACUGUCGGGGUAUAAUGGCUAGAAAAUCACAGAAUGUCAAUGUACCGCACAACACAGCUCAACCAAUCAGCAAUAAACAUUUACGGAGUAAAUUAAAGAAAAAACAAUGUAUAAGGAGAAAAAGAAAGAAAAUAUCAACAAUUCAACAGUUGUUUCCUGUCAGCAAAAUCAAAAGG